AACUUUCGUUACGAACGGACGUGGUUUUUCGGUUUCUACACAAACAUUUUUUGUUGUGAACGCGGGCGUUACCAACAAAUAAAUGCUAGAAACGUAGACAAACGACAAUUGCUUUCACGGCGUCCGCGAUUUCAUGCUGUUUUUGACAUAUUGUUUUAUAAAUAUUUCUUCGUUUUUAUAUUCGAGUAUUGUACAAGUAAAAAGUGAUGUGAAAUGUUAAGCGUUUAGUGACAAACAAACGCAAUUUCGCCUCCGUCACCGUUCAUAAAUUUGUAGGCUGAAAAAUACAGCUGACUUGUGAAGAAAGAUUGACGGUCGGUCAGUGCUAAACUAAACUAAAAAUAAUAAAUCACCCUCCAUACCUCGUACAUAUUUUGACGCGCAACAGUUUCUGUGGAUGUGAAUCAAGCAAACCGGAUAUGUUUGCCAAUGAAUACGAUAUAAUAUUUCUUAUCAAUUCCAACAUGAAUCUUUAAAUAAAUGUGCUUCAACCCCACAUAAAUACAUAUCAAAAUUUGCAAUACACCAACAUAUCACAACAUAAGAUUGAUGUAUUUUAUACAAAAAGGAUGAUAAGGAUGUAAUGGAUGAACCCUACCAAUGAAGUAUAGGAAAACAUCUGUCUGAAAUAAUGCGGAUAUUAAGAAUGGACAAAAGAGACAGUUGGGGACUUAUCCAUUAUUCUAUAUCUCUAUAUAUAAAACUGCUUGUCCUGACUGACUGACUGAUGGGUGAUCAACGCAAAAAUAUUUGCUUGAAGCUUUUUUAAAAUAGUUCAUAUCAAAGCAAUUGAAUCAAGGUCAUAUCACGGCUAAAAGUCUUAUAAGCGAUACAGAGGAACUACAGACUACAGCAAUACCCUAGUCAACGGCUAAUAAACAUAUGUAUAUACAUUCAAGUACAUAUAUGUUUGUGCUAACUCCAUAGUUACUCCAAUUAGAAACAAGUAACAGAUACAUACACCACUCCUAACCCACCGUACAUAUCACAAACCAAUCCAAACCUCGACUAGCCGGGCCUAAUGAGUGCGUUCUAAUAAAGUUGAUUAACUUAAAUAAUGCACAUUCGAUAAGAUCGAUGUUACCAAAAAAAUUGAUGUCUCUCCAUGAUAUUCCCAAGCGAAAAGAAAAAAGAACUAUGGCGUUAUGCGUCAAGAAACAAUCCGGCUACGUGCGAUGCGGAUGGGACACCGAUACCCACGCAGCAACUACAGCCGCUUCACCCUCCACAUCAACGCCACCUUCAGACAUGCGCCAGCUGCUGCUGCUGCGCGGAUCAGUCUUCGGUGAUGCGGCAGCUGAACAGCCCCCCGCCACCAUACUGUUCAAUACCCUGCUCCAUAGACUGCUCAGGCUCUUAUCAUCUCAUCUACUGUCACCAGCAGCCAACACAAGACCAGCAGCCACUUACGUACCGCACAGAUGGGGAAGCAGACAUGUCCGUGUCCGCCUCGGCGACAGAGGAAUCGGACUAUUCCUCUAUCAAAAAUGGAUGCAGCUACGCAAGCUCUGGCGAAGACAUGUUGAGCGACGAAAACGGACCUUGCGGGGUGCUGGUGCCUGCGUGUUCCAAUGCACACCCAUCGACUCCCGUGGCGACCUUUGCGACGACAGCGGCGAACAUGUUUCGAAACUGCUGCGGUGGCGGCGACACGACAGAAUCCAGCAGUGGAUUCUUUUCGAAAACGACCCCGCCCGACAACAGAUGCCACAUCCUGAGCCGUCAGCACACAUCCACUCUCUCCUGCCCAAUGCUACCCCACUCACCAGCGUUGUCCACAGGUGGAGCAGUAAUGACUACAACUUUUCGCCACCAUACACCGAAUCAGAUCUUCAAUGCGCUGCUGAAAAAGCUCAAAAACAAGCAAAUAGCCGAGCUACUCCAGGCAGUAAAAAGUCGCGUGGACCCGCCUCACAAGCGCGAAUCGCUUUCGGCCAACCGGGCUUUCAUAUCCACCUCUCCGAGCUAUUUGCAGUGCAUUCUAAUCAAGUGCACUUCGCCCAUGGACGAGCAGCAGCACGUAACCACCUGCCAGCUUUUUUUUUGGUCCGACCUCAGGACUGCCGAAGAGCUAAGGCGCCUGCCCACUUGCCCCAGUGCGCUGGAUUCCGUCUACAUCUGCUGCAACCCACUGCACUGGUAUCGCAUUCACCCCCUAAUCAAUACAGAAUCCGCACUCCCGCCGUAUCAGCGAUCAAAAAUGUUGAGACUAAGAGAUAAAGAUACUGAGGAAAGCUCUGAAAACAACGAAAGGCUGUCAGUGACAGCUUAUGGCGUGCAGGGCAAAAAUAUCAGCAAACAAAUGGAAUCGCAGUUGUAUGUCCCCAGAAUCGAGUCUUUUACCACAGAUGGAAAAGAUCGAAACGCUACCAAUUGGGUAUGGUGUCAGAUUGCCUAUUGGGAACUGGCUCAGCGCGUUGGUGAUCUGUUUCACGCCAGGAAGUCAGCAGUCAAUAUAUACGAUGAUGGACCAGUCGACUGCGCCGGAGAGAGCAUGUGCUUGCGUGAAUUGAGUGGGAAGAGAAGGCCGUUGGAUACUGUGCAAAGCACGCGUCAAAAGGUCGGUCUGGGCCUAACUCUAAGUCUAGAGUAUGGUGACGUUUGGAUAUACAAUCGCAGUAAUGUGCCGUUAUUCGUGGACUCGCCAACGCUGGCCGAACGCUUGGACCGGGUUUGCAAAGUGAUGCCUGGCUAUUGUCUCAAGGCCUUCGAAACACAGAACAGGGCUCAAUGGCUGGCUGGAAAGCAGUUGCAGCAGACCCAUCUGGGACCUAUCGACCGAUUUAGCAUGAAGAUCAGCUUUGCCAAGGGCUGGGGUAACAUGUACAGGCGGCAGGAUGUUAUGGGCUGCCCUUGCUGGAUUGAAGUUCACUUUAGCCAUCUGCGGUGACAGUUUCAGCUUCCGGUGGGCGCCAAUUGCUUUACGGCAGCGGCAGCGCUAUGUUUAACUGGGAUGGUCUGCACUAAUCCAAUGUGCUGUAGGCCACAUGUGCUCCACCGGUGGCGACAGUUCGUUCAAAUAGUUCAAAAACGGUUUUCGGGACUAGGCAGCAAAGCAAGUAUACUGAGACUACAAGCAAUUGUUACAAAGAGUUUUAAAUUGCGCCAACUGGACUAGCAAACAACUAAUAAGUUGGGGCAACAAUGGACUGCAAAUUAUAUACUUUAAAAAGCUAAACUCAAUUAUGGAAAAUGUUUUAAUAAAUGCUAUAUCGAAAUUAACUUAUGGAUAAAGCUUGCGCAGCAACGGAGAUAGAAGUCUUAAAUUCAAAUAGUCAUUGAUUGUUAAAGAUAGCUAAAAAUAAAAUCCUGUGAUUCACUGUA